AUGGUCAGUGUGGGUAUCGUAUGGCCGUCGUUUACUAUUAAAAAUAAUCAGAUCCAAUUAAAUAAAUUGCAACGCGAAAAUGCCAACCUUGAAAUUGGGGGUAUCGCAAUUUUAUCGCGUAUAAAAUGCGUUAAUAUAGGUGCGUCUAAAAUUGUACUAAACCCGGGAAGUGCCAAUUUUCCCAUCGAUCAAACGUUUAAUAUUUAUAUGAAGGAAAUAUUAAUGGACAUUAAGUAUUUAAUGAAAGGUAAUCAUAUAGAAUUUCAGUAUCAUGGGAUAACAAGAAGUUUUCGUGUGGAAGAAAUAAGAUCUAUGAAAGAUGAGAAAGCUAUUAGUGAUGAUUUCUCAGAAAUCGAGUUAUACCCAAUUAGCCGAGACACAUCUGUUAAUGUUACUAAAGGUAGAAAUAUAAAUGACGAAUCUCUUGAAAUCGGUUAUGAUUCAAUUGGUGGAUUAUCAGAAGAAAUUAAGAUAAUUCGCGAGAUUGUAGAAAAUUCUUUAAAAAAUCCAGAGCUAUUUAUACAAUUUGGAUUACAACCACCUAAGGGAAUUCUUUUAUAUGGACCUCCAGGUACCGGAAAAACAUUAAUUGCGCGUGCAGUCGCGUCGGAAACUGGAUCAAAUGUAAUUUGCGUGAAUGGUCCAGAAAUUUUAAGUAAAUUUUAUGGAGAAACAGAAACAAAAUUAAGAGAUAUAUUUGAACAAGCUGCUGAAAAUGCACCUUCAAUCAUUUUUAUUGAUGAAAUUGAUGCGUUAUGUCCUAAACGUGAUGAGGCAGGAAAUGAAUUAGGAAAACGUAUUGUAGCGACACUUCUCACUCUAAUGAAUGGAAUCACUAAUAAAAAAACUCAUGGAGUACACCAUGAUCGCAUUAUAAUUAUUGGAGCAACAAACCGUCCAAACGCUUUAGACCAAGCAUUAAGAAGACCAGGAAGAUUUGAUCGUGAAAUCGAAAUUGGGAUUCCAAAUUCCACUUCGCGACAUUCUAUCUUAUCAACUUUAUUGGAAAAGAUUCCAAAUACUCUUACAUCCGAAGAAAUCAACGCAUUAGCAUCAAAAUCCCAUGGCUAUGUUGGCGCUGAUCUGGCCGCUACCUGUCGCGAAGCCGGACUAAAAGUCAUUAAAAGGUGUAUAAAAGAAAAUAAACGAGACUUUGUAAAGAUUAAUAUACAAGAUAUGGAAGCUGCCAUGGCUGAAAUCCGACCAAGUGCUAUGCGUGAGAUUCUUUUGGAAGUUCCCAAAGUUUAUUGGUCAGAUAUAGGUGGUCAAAAAGAGAUCAAACAAAAAUUAAAGGAAUCAAUAGAAUGGCCAUUACAGCACCCCGAGGCCUUUCUAAGAUUAGGUAUAAGACCUCCAAAAGGUAUAUUGUUAUAUGGACCCCCCGGUUGUAGUAAAACUCUUAUGGCUAAAGCUUUGGCAACCGAAGCUGGUUUGAAUUUUAUUGCCGUGAAAGGUCCUGAGCUUUUUAGCAAAUGGGUUGGCGAAUCAGAGAAAGCCGUUCGUGAAAUAUUUCGCAAAGCACGUGCAGCUUCUCCUUCAAUCAUAUUUUUUGACGAAAUUGAUGCUCUUACUGUCAAACGUGGUGUAGGAGAAGGUGGUACUUCAGUUGCAGAUCGGGUUUUAUCACAAUUAUUAAAUGAAUUAGAUGGAAUUGAACCAUUGGUUAAUGUAACUAUUGUAGCUGCAACUAAUCGUCCAGAUAUCAUUGAUAGUGCGUUAUUAAGACCUGGUCGCAUUGAUCGUAUAUUGUAUGUAAGCCCACCGGACUUACAAUCUAGGAGAGAAAUUUUUAAAAUUCAGUUAAAAAAAAUGUCACAUGCGAAGGGCGUUAAUCUUGAGGAAUUAGCAACCAAGACCGACGGAUAUUCUGGUGCCGAAAUUGUAGCUAUUUGUCAAGAAGCUGCUUUACUUGCUAUGGAUGAAGAUCUUGAGGCUGAAGAAGUAAGGAUGGAACACUUCCUCAAAGCAACCACUUCUUUUACACAUCGUAUUACACGCGAAAUGAUUAGAUUUUAUGAUGAUUUUCGCAAGAAAUUCGACGAUCUUCAAAAUAUAAAAUGA